AUGCACUAAUACUCUAAUUUGUAGGUAAAGGAAUUAAAAUUCAGCUUAAACCCUUCCACGAAUAAAAUGGCACCCAGAUUCCUCCUCCGCCACCUCCUGCGCCACCACUCCACCGCAGCCCCCAUCCCCAAACCCUAUCUCUUCAAUUCUCACGGAUCCCCCACCAUCUUCAACCACCCCCAACACCCAAUUCUCCGGUUCCUAUCGACCCGGCCCGGGCGCUCCACCCGAUCCAAAAAGCCCGACAUCGGAUCCCGCGCCCGGCAGCUCCAGACACGCCGGCUCUGGACCUACGCCCUCACCAUCAGCUGCAUCGCCGGAUUUGUAGUCAUCGUGCUCAACCAAUUUCAGGAUCAAUUGGUCUUCUACGUCACCCCCACGGAAGCCCUAGACAAGUACACCUCCGACCCCAUGAAAUCCAAGUUCCGCCUCGGCGGGCUUGUGCUCGAGAACAGCGUCGCGCAGAUCCCGUCGUCGUCGGAGAUCCAGUUCGUCAUCACCGAUCUGAUCACCGACAUUCUGGUCAAGUACGAGGGCAGCCUGCCCGAUCUCUUCCGGGAGGGGCACUCCGCGGUGGUGGAGGGAUUCGUCAAGCCGCUCGACGAGGAAACGAAGAAGAAGGAGGAGGCGCUGUUGAAGAACACAAGCAAAUUGGGGGUUACCGAGAAGGCGAGGACCUUGGAGUGCUACUUCGCAGCCACGGAGGUUUUGGCGAAGCACGACGAGAAGUAUAUGCCGGCUGAGGUCGCCAAUGCCAUCGAGAAGAACAAGAAGUUUAUUGAGGAGCAGGAGAAGAAUGGGAAAGAAGCUUCGAUCAUUGCUAAUGCCGGGGAUGCGAAGGCAUGAUGAAAUCACUCUUUCUGGUAAUGUUUUUUAUUGGUAUUCGAGAAUUUUUGCUUGGAUUUGGAUGAGUUGAGUGUGAUUUUUUAUACUUGUGGAUAAUUGAUUAUAUCUGUAAUAGUAUUAUUUGGAUAUAGAAUAAGGGGAGGAUGAGACAGACUAA